AUGCAUCAUGGUAUGUGUAACACACAAGCAACAUGCAUUCAAACAUUAUCACAUGAGAUUAAUUUGUCGGAUAUACACAUUUUACUUUGGACUGUAGCGUGUCGACUUAUUCGUACGCAUAAACAAUGUAUCCUGGUGAAUUCACAGCAAGGUUUUAAAGAACUGCCACCUUCUUAUGCGAUGGUUGCACAAUCAUCACAAUAUUCAGUACCAGUACAACAACAGGCAUCUCCGUAUGACAAUGCAAACCCAGUAGUAUCGUAUCCAAUGGGUGCUGGCACACCUUCUUCAAAGGCUUAUAAAUGGCCACGUCAAUCUGUUGGAUUGGUUUGUCCACGAUGUGGUGCUACAGUAACAACACGCGUUGAAAUCGCUAUUACAAUCAUUACUUUGAUUGGAGCAUUCAUUUGUUGUUGUAUCACUUGUAUUUUAGGAUGGCUUCCAUUCUGCUUACCAGCAUGCAAAAAAGUUACUCAUUAUUGCCCUUAUUGUAGCAGCAUUUUAGGUGUUCGCAAUGAACUACGAUAA